ACCAACAGGAAGGAUCCCUUUUUCCCCUCAAACCCAAUUUUUACCCGAAUCUCACUAUUCAUUUCUCUCACUUCGUACCAGAAGCGAAAACCCACCUUUUUUUUGAACCCCGUCGUCAUCCAUCCAUGACCGCGAAGCGCGUGAGCUUGCCGACAUCAAUCAAUUUACCCUCUCUCUCUCUCUCUCUCUCUGCACUAUUAGCAUAGAGCUUUCUCUCUACUUCCGAGUCCUUAUCUGAUUAACCAUUCCGAGUCCAUAUCCGAUUAACCGUUCCUAUUCGAUUUUGCGAACGCUUGUUAGACUCACUAUUCGCUCUCGAUAUGUCGAUUAUAACCAAACUCUUCCCUUCACCACGCGAACUUUCAGCAUGAACCCUCUCUGAUCCCCUCUCCCCUCUCCCCUCCUCUCUCUCUCUCUACCAUCCAUGAAGAUCCCUCUCUCUCUAGAAAACCAAGCAAGAAGCACCAAAGCUCCGACGUCCGGAUGUUUUGCUGGAAUUCUCCGACAUCUAAUCUGCUCAGGCAAUUUCUCUCGGAUUUCUGGUUGUAGAGAGAGAGGAGGAGUCGAUGUCCAUGACCAAUGCCCCCCUUGCAAGACCACAAACACCCCCAAUGUGGUCGCCAAGCUAAUGGGUCUCGAGUCUAUGCCGGAAAACCCAAGUUCAGGCAAAAACUUAGCUGGAAGUUUCGUUUCGGCCCCAAAUUCUCUCUCCAGAAGCCGGUCGGUCAGUGCCAUUAGUGACUGGUCUGAAUUCCACACAGAGAAGCAUCACCAUACCAGGACGUGCUCUUUUAGAGAGUCCUUGACGUUUUUGCAGCAAGAAAAUGGGGAUUUUGUCCUUCUGAGCCUAAAAAGAGAUGACGGUUUAGAGAGAGAAAGACACAAAAGCAACAAAAAGACCCUCGACGAAGAGGCGGUCGUCAAGAGGGAGAAGAAGUUGCAGAAAGCAAGGGAAGAACCCAAGGUACUCGUGAAUAGAGAGAGUACUUUGCAGAGGAGGAAAAGAAUUGAAGGAAAUCAGGGGAAUUCUCAGGUAAACGCCAUGGACACUGAAGAUUUGCAGUUAGAGAUGAAACUGCAAUCAGAGAAGAACAGGGAAAAGUGUAGAGAGAGGGUCAAGCCCCACUGUAAAGAAUCUCCGGAAAGGAGAAUUCACAGGUCUAUCGAGACCCAGGAUAGCUUCCAGCUGAGGAAGAAAGGAAAGGUAAAGACCCAUGAACAAAGAAACCCGUCCGUUUCAAGAACAGAGAACAAAUUCAGGAAGAGGGAGAAACAGAGGAUCCAAACAAAAGUUAGAGAGAGAGAAAGCAGUUCCAACUCCGAGAAUUCAAGCCCUGUUUCAGUCCUCGAUCCACCUUUCGACGAUGAAUCAUAUUCCUCAAAAGAUACCUCAUUAACAGAAUUUGGACCAGAGCCAUGGCAAAUCCAUCAAAGCUCGCUACCAGCUCAAUCAGCACAUCAAACUGCCGAGCCAUGCUUCGAGCUUGACAUAACGAGCCCUAAUUUGAGAAGGCAUGUUGUCAUGGAAUCUUGGGUCAAUAUUUGCAGGCUUUUGAGAGCUGAAGGUGAAAAUACAAACUGGGUUUGGAGAGAUAUGGGGAUCCAAACUCACUGGGGAAGAGAGAAGGAAGUAGAAGAAGUCCGAGUCGAAAUUGCAGGGCUGAUAUUUGAUCAGCUCAUGGAAGAGGCAGCCAUUGAAUUUGCAGUGUGAUAAACUGAAACUCCUGCUUAAAGUAGGGGAAAAAGAAGUGUAAAUUUUCUACUGUUAACUAAGUCCAGAGAUUAUUAAUUUUUAAUUUCGUAAUUAUGCUCUUACAAAUGUGUGACUAAUUUAGGAGGGAAAUAUAUCAUACACCAUUGCUGCAUUGUGUAUGGUGCACAGGAGCAUCAACUGUCCCUUCCCGAUAAUAGACAAUAGAGACUCGAGAGUAAUUGUACA